UAGUACUGGUGUUAAUGACUUCUUUGAAUUUACUGUCUUUAGAUUUUUAGAAUGUAAAUGAUUUUUAAUUAUGCUAAUUAUGCAGUGCUUUAGGCUAUAAAAACUUUAUUGCAACAGUUAACAUUAUCUUUAGUGCUUUUAAAAAUAAGCUAUAACGUAAAUUGUAAGGUUAUGUAGUCACAGACACACACACUUCAAAAACUAAUUAAAAUGGGUGUCUUUUCCAAAUUGGGUGCGUUCUUGAACCGUCACCGCAAUAAAUUUUUCGUCGGCGGCGUCCUGGUUUCAGGCUCGAUCUUAUUAACGCGAUACGCGCAGCACCGACUGCAAGAAUGGCAGCAAAACGAGGCGAAGGAGUUCUUCGAACGGACCCGUAAGCAGCAGCACUACGAAAGUACGGAACGUACGUGCAAUCAGACGAUUUUAAACCUCAUUAAUCCCCUAAGUGAAUCGCUAAUGAAGGCAACUGCGGAUAUAGACGAGAUUUUAGCGGAGCUACGCGUGAAUCCCGCGAACAAACUCGAGCUGUGGGAGAGACUGAAGGUGUUGGUGUUUACGAAGGUAACGUGCCUGGUUUACGUCUGCAGUAUACUGACGGUAAUGCUAAGGGUACAGAUCAACAUGGUCGGCGGCUACCUCUACAGGGAUCCCGCUUCGAUAUCGGCCGACCUACAAGAGAACUACCUGUCCAACUGCAAGGACCUGCUCAAUUCGGGACUGGAUAGGUUAGUCGCCUUCUUCGGCGAAAAAAGCAAGAACGUCUUGGAGGCGAUUCCGCUAAAUCGCAAUCUAAAAAUCGACGAGCUCGAGAAGAUCUUCUGGGCGAUUCAGGUGUCGGCGAGGGAGUCACGCGAGGAUCCUGUCAACAAGUUAAGGCAGUACGUUUUUACGGAAAACGGCAUCGACGACGCGGUUUACAAAUCCGUGGUUCAAGACACGCUAGACCUGCUGGAGAGCGAAGAUACGAAACUCCUGAUGACAUCGUGCAUCGAUCGAAGUUUCGUCACCCUAUGCGACCAGAUCUCCGAGUUUUACGGCCCGAACAUGAAGGACGAGUUCGUGCACACGUCCGACGUUAAGGUCGCGAUGGCCAAGCUCAUUCCGAUCAUCAACGGCCUGUUCUCGAAGAACGCGUUAAUCAAUAGCCUGAUUCAGCAGCUGAUAGCGAACGAAAAAUUGAAAGUGUUAGGUGCGAAUGUGUACGAGGCAUUUAGUUUUAGUAACAAUAAUUUUGUUUAGCACUGACAAAUAAGAGAUUGUUAUUGUUUAUUA